AUGUCGGACGAGGAGGAACUGCUGGUCAUCGCGGCAAAGGGCGAUGUCAUCAUCGAUGUCGCACAGGAAGAACGAGGGCAGCGCUUCUCCUAUCGAGUGGACUCGAAGACGCUGCAGCAGAAGUCGCGGUACUUUGAGAAUCUACUGAGCGAUCGCUUUAGUGAGGGGCAGCAGUUGGCGAAAGCUCUCGAAGCUCUCAAGUUGGGCGGCCAUGGGGAUAUGACAGAUGUGCCUACUGAUGUAUUGCCUCACAUCUCAAUCAUCAAUGUUGGACGAGUCGCUGUAGCCAAAGUCUCUUCCAUUCGCAAUCUACUUGCAGACUUCCUCCGCGCCAUCCAUGGCCUCGAUCUUGCCGUCCCAAACCCGCCUAUCGCCAACGUAGCCAACCUCGCCGUCGUUGCCGACCGUUUCGAUGCUGUCGCGUGCCUUUCGAAAUAUUUUCAGAAGAGAAAAUAUCUGCAGCUACUCGAUGCAAAGGCGAGAGGCAAGCCCAGUCCAUCGCAGUCGGAAGAGAGAACACGGCAGAGAUUGUUUGUUGGUAUACUUUUCGACCACCCAGCCUGGGUAACAAAAUACUCCAAGCAGUUGAUAAUGCGAGACUCGGUUCAGUGGCAGCCAGUAGUAGAAGAGGACCAUACGAAAGCUCUGUGGUGGGACAUGCCCAACGGCGUCGAGGACGAGUUGAUUCAGCGGCGAGAGCACAUACUGGAGACGAUCAACUCUCUGCAGGCACAUUUCCUCAAGCUCUACACGUCUGGAGAACGACAAUGCAAGCUGGGAUACGAUACGUCAAUACAAUGUGACUCUUUUCAGCUAGGAGAAAUGGUCCGCUUCUUCUUCAAGAUCGACACGGUACGACUACAGGGCAAAAUCUACGACAAUACAGAACCGACAUACUAUCUUGGUGACAUUGACCGGCUUCUGUCAUCUCUUCGCCAGUGCUCAAACUACCAGGUCGACAGCAAUCAUGCGCAUUGUGGGCUACGCUCGCGGCUGCUUCCACUCCUCGACCUGAUACAGAACACUCUCAGCCUCGAUGCUAGUAGUGCCGAUAUCGGCAUCUGUGCAGAAUGUUGGAGCGGCCACCGUGAGGAGUACGCCUGGACCCUGGCCAAGCGACCGGUUAUGUGGGCCCACCCUAAGUCUUUGACUGGGAACCGUUCUCUAAUCGGGAACCAUGCGCCUGCCAACGCCUUGUUUCCCAAGGCCCGCGCUCGCCAGAUUAUGCCGAGUAGUUGCCUUAGCAGGCACGUGGCCGUCAGGGACCUUUUCAUGGCCGUGGAGCGUGACUGGACAGCAAGAGAUGUUUAUUAAGGUAGAAAUACCUCAUUGGGCCAUGGCCAGACAUAUCUCCAACGCACCUCAAUCGGUCUGGUACACGAAACCAACACUACUGUCCUUUAUCUCAGGUUCAGUCCUACCUAUGGGUAUACAGCUGUCCUCUUAAAUAUCAGCCUUCCGUAGCGCUGUUGUAGAUAUCGUUGCGGCACUUAUCUGGGAAUAUACAGAUGUGCCAUGUUUGAAACUGACAAAGAUUACAUCGU